AUGCGUUCAAUUAAGACAUCAUUUGAUGAUCCCAUCCGAGUGACACCAAUUUAUAUUGAUAUAUAUUCUCAACGUCAUUUGGAUAAUUAUUUACAACGACGUCAUUCUGAAGUUCAAUCAAAACUUUCAUCUAUUGAAAAUCAAUCAAUACUUUCAACAACUGAUAUUACCACACAAGAAAUAUUAUCUUCCGUAAAUAAAAAUGUUUUACUUCCUGAAUCUGAACUCUCAGUGCCUAUUUCACCAUUACCUACAACUAUUCAACGAAUAGAAAUUCCCACGGAGUCUAAAUCACCAAUAUUUAUUGAACUGUCUUCUAUAGUAUCAUUAAAAACAACAGAAAUUCUCUAUCCUAAAAUCGAAUCUAUAUGUACAAUUGAAGCAAAUGAUGAAAUUGAUGAUGAGAAUGAUAAUGAUAUUGAAAAUAAUGAAAAUGAAAUACGAGCAAGUGAUGAUGAUUUUGAUGAUUUACCAUCAGAUUUUGAUAAUAACGAUUUAUCUCUUGAUGAAUCAGUAUAUGAAUAUGGUGAUAUGGAAUUUCUUCGUAGCGCAGCAAAAAAUUUAAUGUCAUCAUUAGCUGAAAUGGAAGAAGCCAGUGAUAAUAUAGAUCAAAUGGAUGAACCACAAUCAAUUUUAUAUGGUGAUGAUUAUGCUGUUACUAUAAAAUGUCGUCGUUUUGCAUUAGCUUUUCUUGAUUAUACACAAUUUCGUGUUGAAAAACAACGUAAUCCAGAUAGAUUUCGUUUAUUUUCAUCAUUAAAAAAAAAUAUUAAGGAUAAUAUAAAUCAUAAAAAACAACGAAUAGACAAUAAACAAGGUGAUAAUACACCAUCACAAAUAUUAAAUAUUGAUCCUGAUUUAUUAGUAUCAACAGAAACAAAAUCAAAUAAGAAAAAACGUAGUAAAAGAAAUAAAAACAAAAAGAAAUUAAAUAAUAAUCAUAAUGAUAAUAAAGAUAAAACCGAACCAGCACCUGAAUCAAUUAAUGAAGAAGAUGAAGAUAAUAAUAAUACUGUACAUGUUCUCAAUGAUCAAGGAUAUCAUAAACAGGAUAUAUCAGUUCAACGAUUACCACAUGUCUAUCUCGAUGAUGAUCUUAAACCUUGUAUUGUCGUUGUUGGUGAAGAGCAUAAUGAAGAAAAUGGACCAGAAAACAAUGAACAUGACGAUUGGCAUGAUGUUAUUGCCGGUGGUAAACAAGUUUUAGUAUCAAAAAAGAAAAAACAACAAUCAAAAACAGAUUCUAUUGAACAUUCAACAACUACUAAUCUUCCACUUACAACUAAUAUUCGUUUAAAACCUCAAGCAACUGAAUGUAAUUCAUUAAUUAUUCCAAAGAAUUGUCGUGGUUUUAUUCAUAAUCCAAAAUUAUAUGAAACAUUUCGUUUACGUUUACGUCGGUCAUUUUCAUCAAUAAAUAUUUAUUUUCAAUUAGAUACAUAUACCAUAAUUAUUGAUGGAAAUAUUAAAUUAAAUAUUGAACAAUGUCUUAAUUAUCUUAAUAAACUUAAUUCAUAUAAACAUACAAUAUUAAUAUUAUUUGAAAAUUUUCCUCGUACAACAAUAACAAAUAUAACACGUAUGCAACAAUCAACAGCACAAAUAAAACUUGAUAGUCAAGCUAAUUAUAAUCGUAUAUUUCGUUCAACAUAUCGUCUUAUUGAUUAUCAUUUAAAACAAUUUUAUAAUCAACAACAAUGUAUUUAUUGUCGACGAUCAAAAAAACAAUUUCAAAUAACUUAUUUAGAAUUUCCAUGUGAAAAACAAUCUAUUGAAGAAUUAAAUGAUCAAUUACAACAACGUGUUUUACAAUUAUUAAAUACACGUUUUACAUAUAUUGCUAUUGCAUUAUCAGCUGAUUUAAUGACAACAAAACGUUGGACAAUAUUUUAUGACAAUUUAUCUAAACAUAAAGAAUUAAAUAAAACUUUAUUAAUAAGGAAAAUUGAUACAAUUAUACAAGUUUAUGGUUUAAACGCAAAUGUACAACAAAUACAAACAUUAUUAACGAAGUUUUUAGAUGCUAAUCGUUAUGAAACGGAUGUUAUUGAAACUGAACAGGCUAGUGGAAUAUUCUCUUUAUUCAAAAAUGAGUUUGCUGAAAUGACAAAUCUUGAUACAUUUCGUGAAGCUGAAUUACGUUUUAUUUAUCGUCAUCAUCGUCAUAUUUUACUUGUUCAAUGUUUUCAAGAAAAAUUUGAAAUGGUUAAAGAUCGAAUACAAAAAAUGCGGAGUCAACUUUCAACUAUUCUUUUACCUGUUAAAUCACCUAUACUCAGUCGAUAUUAUUCGAGAUCAAAUGAAAUUCAACGUAUCGCUACAACAUCAACAUGUCUUAUCACUGUCGAACAACGUAUCGAUUAUAAUCGAGCAAAUGAUUAUUUAAUCAGUUUGAAAAUAAUCGGUCGAUCACCUGAGAAAAUAGCUACAGCACAAAGAUUAAUAAAAGAAUUUGAAGAACAAAAAUAUUCUACACAAAAAAUACAUAAUAAUGAUAUUAAUUUAUUUAAUGAACAAGAUAUUGAAUUACUUCAAAAUGAAUGUAAUACAUGUAAUGUUUCAUGUGUUAUUGAUCAAGCAAAUAAUUCAAUUGAAUUAGAAGGUCUUUCAGGAGAUUUUAUUCAAAUUGAAAAAAUGAUUAAUGAUUUAUGUUUAAUUGUUGCAAGACGUGCACUUGAUGAUAUACAAUAUUCAACUCAAUGGAUAUAUUAUGAUAUAUCAACAAAUAAACCUAUCCUAUAUGAUAAUGUAAUUAAACAACAAUUAGACAAUUGUUAUACAAAAAAACAAAAAGGAUUAGUUAAUUUGAAAGAUCAACUAGGAUGUAAUCAUACAUUUAAUUUGGAUAAAAUGAUUGAAAUUAUACAUGGAAAAAAUCCGAAUACUUCACCGAUAACUGUUAAAAUUGAACGACGUGAUUUCAAAAAUCCUCAAUCUAUACAACUUCCAGCACAUUGGACACCAAUGACAAAACCAUGGGAUCGUGUAUUGAUUGGUAGACGAGAUAAUAUAGUUGGAUGGAAAGCUAAUGUUGAAAUUCAAAGGUUACUUCAACUGCCAGACAUGCUAUCUGAAUCAUGGAUUAUCGAAAUUCAUCGUAUACAAAAUCCACGUCUAUUACAACAAUAUUUUGCUUAUAAAGAAAAAUUAGCUGUACGAUCUCAAGAUACUGAACGUAUUCUUUAUCGUUUGGCACAGGCUCAUCUUAUUGAUGAUAUGUGUGCUAAUGGAUUCAAUCAAUCACAUACUGAUUCAGCUUUUUCCGCUUAUGGCCAUGGUUGUCAUUAUUAUUGUAAAGCUAAAGAAAUAAAUCGAACAGCAACAUUAUUGGCUCAAAGUCAUCAAUCAAUACCAAUUCGAUUACAACAACAACAAACACCAUCAAAACCACCAAGACGCUUUUUAUUUGUAUGUAAAGUCUUAGUUGGUCGAUAUACACGUGGUGAUUCAUCAAUGAAAGCAUGUCCACCGGGUUGUGAUUCAUUAGUUGAUAAUGUUUCAUCACCAGAAGUUUUUGUACCUUCUCAUGAUGCACAAGUUUUACCAGAAUAUUUAAUUGCUUAUCAAAGUGAUAUUUUCUAA